AGGACUUGGAGCAUGUCGGGCCCCAACGGAGAACCGCACGUCAGCCUGGCCGGGGGCGAGGAAGACGACGGCAACGAUGGCGGCUUCGGGGAAGCAGAAUAUGCAGCCAUUAAUUCCAUGUUGGACCAGAUCAACUCCUGCUUGGAUCACCUAGAAGAAAAGAACGACCACUUGCACGCCCGGCUGAAGGAACUACUGGAAUCGAACCGCCAGACACGUCUGGAAUUUCAGCAGGAGUUGAGCGAAGGGGAAGAGGGAGGGGCCGGUCCUCGAAGGCCCGAACCAGGCACUUAACCUUCAUCUCCCGUCUGCUGGACCAAAGCAGGUGGAGAUCAUAUUGAAACUUUGAAUAGAAAAGGUGCUUUGGUCCGUGUGUGUAUUUUAAACACCUCUUCCCCAUUUUCCUCUGGGUCCAUGGCUAAUCCAUUGUGAAGUGUUUUAGGGAACAAGGCUUGCUUGAAGAAUAGGGUAGAGGGAACUAGAUAUAGGCUGAUGUAAAUAUGGACACUUUAGUUUGCGGGGUUAGGAUUACGUUGCACGGUGGUGUCCUUUCUGGUUGAAUUAGGGCAUACUUCUUAAGAGCAACUUCUUCUAGACCUGCUGGUCUUUCAAUCCAGCCGGCUGUGGUGGCAUAAUCAAGGCUGCAGUCUUCUACUGUUUUCUUGGGAGUAAGCCCUUUUGAGUAGACAUAUGUAGGGUCACACUGUAAAUGUAGGAAAGAGAUUUGCCUUUGAUUCACCCCUUAAAUGUGAAAAGAAAACGUUGUUGGGCUAGCAGACUGCGCAUGGCCAUUAUGCUUCCCUGGCAUGAGUUCCGCCUUGGUUGGUACCAUUUUCUUUGGAACUGGGUCAUUUUUUGUUGUGGGAGAUUCCCAAAUUCAGUACCUGGAGAAUUGAUACCUGUACUAAGUUGAGAUCCCUUGCUGAAAAAUAGUGAUUCACAGAUUUAAAAGCAGUUAAAGUUUAUGGUGUGGACAUGCCUUAUCCCCCCUAUCUUUCUGAUUAAAAGUGCUGGAAUUUGUACUUUUGCUAAUUUUGGGGAGCAAAUAUUUAUUGUAAACAGAUAUCCUAACCUUUGGUACGAGGAAGUUAAAACACAGUGGUUUUCUUCUCCCAGCUGCAUGUUAUGGGUGUAAGCAGUUUAAACUCGGAAAUGAAACCUAAUCUGGUCUUUAGGCAAGGUCGCGCCUUUUUUCCUUUUCAUAUAAAGAAGCCAGAAUUGAAAAGGCAGAAAGGAGUUUCUGGCAAUAACUGGUACAUACUUGCUUCCCUUUAUGAAAUGUUUGCAAUGUUGCUUGCUUAUUUUCCCGUGAUCUGGCUCACUUCCUCAAAACACAAAUAGCACCAGCCUCUUUUAUGUGUUUACAAACGCAGCGCACCAAAAAAUUGUGAUUAAAACUCUAUCUAAAUGCAGUCCACAAUGUAUUACCUGCACGGGCAGACUUCAGGCUUGUGGGAUAGAUUUAGGUUUUUUACUGACCCCCCCCCCCCAAAUCCACCAGAUGCAAAAUGGUGACUCAAAGGGUAGGAGGUUUCCACCUGCCCCCCUUUGGCCAUGCAAGCUGGGAAUGAUGGGAAUUGCAGUCCAACACAUCUAGUGGACACCAACUUGGGGAAGCCUACACAGGGAUGAUUUGUACAAAUCUAGAUCUGAGCUACUACAGGGAUUAUAAACUAACAGGAGCAGUUUUCAUUGAUGCUAUUACGAAUUCAUUAAAAGAUCCACUUCAUAUCAUUCAGAGGUCUGCCAGUAGUUCUUCAUUUACCCUCCGCCUGCUUCCUGAUAUGCUAAUAGAAAUAUCCAAGCAAGGUCAGUAAAAUUAAAAUCUGCCCAUUCCUGCCCCUUCCCAAGAAAAAUCCAUCUUUAAUGUGGGAGCCUCGUCUCUUGUUGCUGGAAAACCCUUCCUCGUGCGGUUUGGGAGGCGGAAAAUGUAUUAACUUUUAAACGUCUCCUAAAAACAUCUUUUUAAACAAGUCUUUCCUGGACUGUAAUUUAUUCUGGUUUUGAAGUUUUAAUCUGGAUUCUAUAGUUGUAGUUGUAAACUGCCCAGAGAGCUUAGGUUGUUGGCCAGUAUAAAUAUGUAAUAAAAAUAAAUAAAUUUAGGACCUAAAUAAACACGCUGUAGGGUGGAGAGGGAGAACUGCCUUUUGCGGCUCAGUGAGCAAAGAUGAUGUCUUGGAAAAGGGAGCCUUUUGCUGAAUCUUGAACAAGGUAUAUUGAGAAGAGUUGCUGUUUAUGCUCCUUUAGAAAUACGGUAAUUUAGGUCUGAGAUCUGGAGUGUGUGUUAAGAGAUUCUUUAACAGUGUUAGGUUGGGAAUAGCUGUAACUGUCUGGGACUGCCUUCCCCAACCUGGUUGGGGAUAAUUGGAUUUGUAGUACAACACAAGUGGAGGGCAACAGGUUGGAGAAGGAACUCUGCUGGGGUGGGUCAUGUGAGCUACUGUUGAUGUUGAAUAAAGUUCAGUUACUCCAUGCAGGUUGGGAAGUGAAAACGUGCCGGUGGUAUUUUGAGCAAAACCUCCUCAGCAGCAUUGCUUAGCAACACGUGUGCAAUGUUUCCAAAAGCAUCAAAGUGCGGCACGCAACUCUUCGCCGUCAGCCAACACAUGCACUGAACGUCCACUUGCGCAUGCUUACAAAAAAGUCACAUUCCACCGGGUGGAAGAGGAGAGAGGUUGUGCCGUCCUGGGUCUUGUGCAAUUUCAUUCCCCCCACCCUUCUUUGAACCGCCCCCUGCUCCAUCAGUUGGGGCUUUUAAAUUUUCAAAGCGAGAAGGCGUGUGCUCGUAAUCUCUCAACAAAGCUGUGAAACGAACCCGAGUCCGUAGCCUUAAAGAAACAGGGUGCCCGUUGCUGUUACAAUCCAGACCCGCCCCCCAGCUCAGGAUCUUUUUGCAAUAAUCCCGGAAGACAGUCAACCUUUCCCAGCCUUGCGUCCUCCGGAUGUGUUGGGACUUCAAUCCCCAGAAUUCCCAGGCUGGGAAAGGUUGCUCCAAGCGCCCCUCUGCCGGAUCGGGGGCUACCUUCUGCAGUAGAGGCUCACUCCACAGUAAGAAUGCUUAAGACUGCAGCCGUAGUCACCGGAAUAAAACCUGGGCGUCUCUGUAAUUGUUUGAAGCUGUACUAAGUGGAUCUGUAAACACUGACCAGAUAUGUUUGAUUUUACUUUAGUAACCCUUUUGAUAUCUGUGAAUAAAACUCCAGACGAUA